UCAUAUGUAUUCUGAAAUAUCAUUGGUAAUUCUCAAAUAAAUAACCAAUCGGACAGUUCGUUUUAUGUUAAUAGGUAGUUUACAAAUGGCUGCCACCAGGCAUUAGAUGUCAAAAAUAUGUUCAGACUUGUUUUAGCUAAAGCGGCAGACUGAAGAUGCCAAGGAGGAAAAAGAAGUCUUCUCUUGCACGCAAACCAUCUCUGGUGUUCACAGAAAGUCCAGUACAUGUUCAAAACAAUGUGCCAUCUCCUGUGCUGUGUGCAAGACAUCCACCCACAGCUUCCUCCGUUCCUGUGGAUGAGCUGCACCAUCUUCCUUGGGUUUCUCCACAGUUCCGAAAUGUCAGACAUUCUGGCGGACAAAGUAGACGUAGACUAACCAGGCAAAGACGACAUAGUAUCGCAGGUCAUAAAAGUAUUGCAGCUUCUCACAUAGACAAUAAAGAAAAUUUAACAAGUAGUACGCGAAACAAACUUAGGAAAUUUAAUUCGCUAAAGUUUGUAGGUGACAAGACAAAUAUUCCAAGUAUAAUUGAAGACAUGGAAGUGUCUAUUGAUGAGGAGACAGAAACAGAUAAUGAAAAUGAGGCUGGUUUUAAUGAAAUUAAGGAGAAAGGAAGUCCCUGUGAUGACAACUCUGAAAACAAUAAAUGGAUAAAUGAACUUGGAAUUCAAGGAAGAUACUCUGAGAUAGAGUUCGGAAAGAUAUGCCGUAGAGGUAGAAAGGUGAUUCAGGGAGAAACUGAUGAUCCUCUCACUAUCAAGACUGAGAAAGAUGGUAGUGUAUUGACUGAUGUUGAUGCUAUGUCUGUGGAACUUCAGGAAAGUGCUACUGAAGAAAUAACAACAAACUUAAAUAAUACACAAAGAAGAUAUCCAGUUAAGGAAAAGCCACCAAUUAAAAGAUUAUUUGCCAGUCAGCUUCUUAGUAAAGAUGACAAAUGUGACAAAGAAAGUUCAGGAUGUGUUAAUGAUAUUAAACAAAUGGGGAAAAUGGUUGAAUUAGAUAAUAAUUCAUUAACUAUACCAGAGAGUGAUAAAAGUGAUACAGAUUCUGUUCAAUCACCUCAUGUAAGGCGGUCUGAAAGAAUACGAGAACUCAGGAAAAUGUUACUGAGCUUGGAUUCUCCAUGUAGUGUCAGAAAACUAACUUGUGAAAAAAUAGUGUUGGCCCCUAACACUCCUGAAAACGAAUAUGGCUGGAGCAAACGGAAACGACAGUUAAUUAGAUAUAUCAAGAAAAAAUCAUGAAAAUUUUUCUAAAAAUAUAGUUUCGAAUGCAGUCAUGUUUAUGGUUCGAAUUAUGCAUACAUACAGAAAUAAGUUUCCAAAGCAAAGUACAGUGCAGCUUGUCUGUUUAAAGCAAACACCACCAGGUAGACCAAAAUAUGCUUUUUGUGCAGAGGUUGUUGCUGUGGGCACAUAUUUAUCAAUGUUAAAAAGUCAGAAACUGUGACUUAGACAUAAAAAGGCUAAAUUUUCAUUUUGCUCAGUUGUUAAAUUAGCAUAUAAUUAUUGUAAUGAAACAACAGACAGCACAGCAAAUUCAGUAUAAUUUGCUGUAAACAAACUUAUGACAAACUGAAUAACAUUUGCCAUUCUUAAGUCAAAAGUUUCAGACAUUACUUUAAUAUUAUCAACUUAUUGAUGAAAUUAACUUCCUGUAAUUGGAAUGUAAAUAGGUGGCAUUGUAGCACUUGAAACAUUGUGUAAAGGUUUUUGCUCCUUGAAGGUAUUUUUGGUUUCACUAUCAUCCGAAAAAUAGUGAGAGCUAUUGUGUUCACUUUGGCUUCAGUAUCGGCUUCAGCGUCACACCUUGGUUAGAACUUUACAAGGCUUCCUAGUCAUUAAAGCUUCUGAAAUAAAGUUACACAACUCUUGGGGCGUUGUUUGCCUUAGAAGAUAUCAAAUAGUGGAGAGUGGUGUCGUAAUGUACGUAUAGCUGUUGUUGAUGAAGUCAUACUGCAUAAACUAAAAUUAAAUUGAAUGUCAAUUUAUUUGAAUACAUGUAUAGAAAUUGUCUUUGAAUAAAGGAUAAAAUAUGAACAAAAUUGAAAUGU